GAUAGAUGGACACCUCAAAAUGGCGUUUUCUAAAUCAGCUUUGCUGGUACUUCUGGCAUUAAUGUGUGAGCGGGCUGUCUAUUUUACAGUCGAAAACUAUGUAAAUGAUUUAUGGACCAAAGCUUCAAAUUCAAGUAACACCAUAUGCGACACACUACAGGAGAACAACUACACAACCAAUGAUGCAGUAUUUGCACAUAUGAUGUUUGUAGGUGCAUCAGCGUGUUUUGGAAUAUUUGGUGGUGCCUUCGCUGAUGCAUUUCUUCAUCCAAUUCCAACGCUGGGAGCAGGGUAUGUUGUCCUCAGUAUAGGUCUUGUUCUUCUGGAGUAUGCUGCAUAUGAAGCUGAGACAAAUCCUUCAGCCGCCAGAGACCUUGUCUUAGCAGGACUUGCGACUACAGGUUUGGGACACGGUUGUAUUGGGGCUGUCUUGCCGGUAGUGGGCGCUGCACAAGUGCCGGACAAAAAUAAUCGCAGACGAUUUAUUCACUGGUAUUACGUAUGGAGAAAUGUCGGGGCCAUCAUCGCUGACACAUCACGCGCUGUCUUUGUCCAGUACGAAAUCGAGUUCUACAUUAAGUAUUUGAUAGCUCCGGUUUCAGGCGCUCUAUCUGACAUACUAGUUUUGGCGGCCAUUUUGGUCAGAAAAAAGCCGCCGGAAGAAAACCCGCCGCACUCCACCUGCAAUGAAGGUACAACGCUGCCUAAUGUUUUGUCAUCGGCGUUUCAAUUAUGCAGAAAAGGGUGCCUGUUGAGUACAUCAUAUCGUGGAAGGGAAAAUAUGUCACGGGGGUCGAAUUUAAGAGCAGUUCUUAGGAUUCUGUUGGUUAAUUCUGCUGUCGUUGGAUUUGGAUUUCUUUACUUCCCGAUGAUUACAUUAUACGAGUUGCAAGCAUUUGGGCUUAACGGAACUGUGGCUGGGCACCCGUUUCCAUCUCCUUCAACUCAGCUUAUCUUGUUUAAUGAGGUUGUGGUAGUUUUUGUCAUCCCUUUUACUCUCUACUGUCUUUAUCCACGGAUAUGUCCCCGCGGCGGACCGCAUUAUAUAACAAAGACAUGUAUUGGCAUGGUCUUCUCCGUCAUAUCUGGGUUUGUCGCCAUCAUGCUAGAGACAGUUCGGAAAAAAGACAGCGAAAACAACCACGGCUAUUCCACAAUCAGUAUAUUUGCCCAAGGACCUCAAUAUAGUUUGAUUGCACUCGCUGAAGUUUUUACAGAGCUUACAGUGAUGGAGUACUCUUAUAUGGAGGCCCCCGAUGGUAUUAAGUGCUUCAGCAUGGGCCUACACCAGGCGGCGCUGGGCCUGUCCUACUUGAUUGCAGUUGGAAUUGAAGCGUUGGUGAGAAAAACUCGGCCAGACUGGCAUUUGUCUGAUUUAGGGGACAUCUGUGGUGGCGAUUCUCAAUUGGAAAGUUUUCUGGGUAUAUUGGUCCUGUUAAGCGUAGUUUUUUCUCUCAUCUUCCCUAUGGUCACAAGAAUUCCAAAGAAAAGACCAGGCUACACCAGACUGAGAUGA